AUGUCAUCCCUGGCAUUGGGCGAAUCCAUCCCACAGGACACAGCUCAUGCUGUUAGCGUGUCACUGCCCACAUGGCAGUCCAAUAUCGGGUACGAAGAAGGUGAAAAAUGGGUUGUCGAGAAGAUGGCGACUGGCUAUCCCAGAUUUUUCAUACAUAAAAGUAUACAGGCAUUUGCGUCAGACAUCGUGUCAGCCUAUGGCUUAACUGACGAGCAGGCAAUGCUGUUUCCGACUCGUGCAGCGGCACAGCGCUGUAUCAACUUUGUCACGAACACACAGCCCAAUUACCUACAGAAACUCAACAUUGUCGAGCUGAUUCUGGAUAUAUGCAAAACUCGGUCGCCGUUGCUAAAGAAGCUUGCUCCGACGGUAUCGGCCUUAUUAUUGCCAAAGGCAGUCUUUCCCCUCGCAAAGCAAUACUGGCAACAUACCGGAGAUGGUAUUUCAAGCCGCCGCGCCGAGCUUUGUCAUAGCUUACUGAAGGAUGGUCUGCUUACUCCAAUCAAAUUGACUCAUAUAUCAAGCGAAGCAUCAUCAAAAGCAAGCCGAGGUCCCAAAAGAUACCAACGACCAGGGAACAAUGGCGACUCAAAGGAUCUGCAAGGCCACAAAUACGAGGAGUCCCUGGAAAGCUCUCGUUUUAUAGAGGAGAGAUUUGGAAGAAACCUAGACCUUGCGUUUGCGGAGCGUGCUAAAUCUGCCAUCCGAAGAAGAAUCGCCGGAUGUUUAGUACAAGACAUGGAUUCCUUACCUGCCAUGUCUUCAAAUUCACGGGGCUUACAAAAUUUACACGAGGAUGAUGUGUUUCUAUUUCCGGCUGGAAUGAAUGCCAUCUUCAAUGCUCACCGGGCUCUCCUUUGCGCCAGGGGUCAAAUGAAAAGCGUCAAUUUUGGAUUUCCGUACGUUGACACGCUGAAAAUCCUGCAGAAGUUUGGUCCAGGGUGUGAGUUCUUCGGCCAUGCAUCGUCUGCCGACCUUGACAAAUUCGAGGAGCUCCUGAGAACUGGUCAUCGUUUUCUGGCGCUGUUUUGCGAAUUUCCAGGAAAUCCUCUGCUGAUAUGCCCGGAUCUUCAGCGGAUCCGUCGCCUAGCGAAUGAGUUCGAUUUUGCCAUCGUUGUAGAUGAGACCAUCGGAACUUUCGCCAACAUUAACGUUUUGCCAGCCGCCGACAUUGUCGUUAGUAGCUUGACGAAAAUUUUCUCUGGGGACUCUAAUGUGAUGGGAGGGAGCGCUAUAUUGAACCCGAAAGGUCGGUUCUACGAGCAAAUUAAAAAGGCCAUGAAGUGCACCUACGAAGAUACAUACUGGCCAGAGGAUGCUAUCUUCAUGGAGAGAAACAGUCGAGAUUUCCUAAACAGAGUGGACCGUGUGAACACAAACGCAGAAGCUAUCUGUGCUACUCUGCAACAACACGCCAGCGUCAAGGAGAUAUUCUACCCUAAGUACAACCCGUCUAAGCACCACUACGACGAAUUCCGACUGCCGAACAGAGGAUAUGGAGGCCUGCUGUCCAUUGUAUUUCAUUCUAGGAAACAGGCAGAGACCUUCUAUGAUUCCAUGGAAAUUGCCAAAGGGCCAAGUCUUGGGACAAAUUUUACCUUGUGCAGCCCAUAUGUACUACUUGCACACUAUCAAGAACUAUCCUGGGCUGCGCAAUUCGGGGUUGCAGAGGACUUAGUACGCGUCAGUGUAGGCCUAGAGGACACCGAGGUCCUCCGAAACACUUUCAAAAGCGCAUUAAAUGCGACGGAAAAAAUACCUAAGGUGGAUUGA